CAGCUGCCUGCCAGUUUCCCCAAGGUGCGGCAGAAAAGAAGCAGAGAACGGAUUUUUGUCUAUGCGAAUGAACGUACACAAUAGUCCACUUUUCCGGGUAAAAUCUAAUAUUUAGAUGUAAACAUUUUCAAUGCUACGUACGUUGGGCAUGUAUUAGGUUAUUCGAGUGGCGACAUCGAAACAGGCUCAAAGCAACAUAUUUUUGCCCUCCACCGGAAAAGCGACGUAUCUAACUAACGUUGGGUGCUAAUGCUAGGAGAGUUAGCAGUUCCCGCUGAAACCUAGACCAGACUACUUUGAUAUUUGAGCAGCAAAACCACGAUGGCUGACGUCGACAAGCUCAACAUAGACAGCAUAAUUCAACGUCUCCUCGAAGUGAGAGGAGCAAAACCUGGUAAGAACGUUCAACUCCAGGAGAAUGAGAUUCGUGGAUUGUGCCUGAAAUCCAGGGAAUUCUUCCUGAGUCAACCCAUUCUUCUCGAGCUUGAGGCCCCUCUCAAGAUCUGUGGUGACAUCCACGGGCAAUACUAUGAUUUGCUGAGGCUGUUUGAGUAUGGGGGCUUCCCUCCAGAAAGCAACUACCUGUUUUUGGGAGACUAUGUGGACAGGGGGAAGCAAUCCCUGGAAACCAUCUGUCUUCUGCUUGCCUACAAAAUCAAAUACCCUGAGAACUUCUUCCUGUUGCGGGGGAACCAUGAGUGUGCUUCAAUCAACAGGAUAUAUGGCUUUUAUGAUGAGUGUAAAAGGAGGUACAACAUCAAGCUCUGGAAGACUUUUACAGACUGUUUUAACUGCCUCCCAAUUGCUGCCAUUGUAGAUGAGAAGAUCUUUUGCUGUCACGGAGGACUUUCUCCUGACCUGCAGUCCAUGGAGCAGAUCAGACGAAUCAUGCGCCCCACCGAUGUCCCUGACCAGGGCCUGCUCUGUGAUUUGCUCUGGUCUGAUCCAGACAAAGAUGUGUUGGGCUGGGGGGAGAAUGACCGGGGUGUAUCAUUUACCUUUGGCUCAGAGGUGGUGGCCAAGUUUCUCCAUAAGCAUGACCUGGAUCUGAUCUGUCGCGCCCAUCAGGUUGUUGAGGAUGGCUAUGAGUUUUUUGCAAAAAGGCAGCUUGUCACUCUGUUCUCUGCACCUAAUUAUUGUGGGGAGUUUGACAAUGCUGGCGCAAUGAUGAGUGUGGAUGAGACUCUCAUGUGCUCUUUUCAGAUUUUGAAACCGGCUGAGAAGAAGAAGCCCAAUGGCAGCCGUCCGGUCACUCCUCCUCGCAAUAUGGUCACCAAGCAAGCAAAGAAAUAAAGGGUGGGCUGGGCGUGGGGCGGUCAAUACUGUUCUUCUUUUGUCCUUUGCAUUUGAGGGAUUGGUUAACCUUAAUGUUGCCAGUACUGAAAAGAAUUCCACUCCCACCCUAUGAAAGCAAAAUAUGUUUUGUCCACAGGGGUAAAUUGAUAUGUCACCAUGAAAACCUCAGGUGUUUUGCACUCCAUUUUGCAGCUACUCUUUGCCACAUAUGACUGUUCAGUCAUUAAAAAAUUAACAAUAAUGCUACAUAUGCACAGGAAUGCCUUGUUUAUAGCUGUGCACAAUUGUAGCAUUUUUUUUUUUUUUUUUAAAUGUCCUGUUUUUUCUUUCUUUUUUUUUUUCGUUCUUUUCCAGUAAUGGCUAUUACUGACCACAAAUAAUAGAGACACAGUCACAAACACCACUUUACUGUUAAACUAUUCAAAUUCUAUUUACAGUCAGUGUCUUGGAACAUUGACUCAUUGUAUCACCUGUUCACAUUUUUAUUCAAGUCUUGUGCUAAUUGCAAUUACUAAACAAGCUCUUUUAAUGUUGAAAUCUUUCUAAUAAACGUUGACUGUACUUAAGGGGA